GUUUCUGCAUCUGACAAGGCAGCACUUCUACGCGAUAGUAACAGUUAGUUAUUAUUGGAAUAUUGGUGUCUAUAAACGUUUAUUCAAUAAUUGUGAAUAUUUGGAACAUUUUGGCUGAACGCAAAGCACAAUACGUAAAAUGUGAUUUAUAACGCCGUGAAUUACCGCUAAGUAAUUCUGUAAUUGAAAGUAUGCGUGUAGGUCUAGGUGUGUUUCGUUAUUUACAAAAUACUAGUUCAAAUAUUCGACCAUUGUUAAGAAGACGUAUAAAUACAGAAUGCAAGAAAACCUAUGAUGUUAUUAUAGUCGGAGGUGGUGUAAUGGGCCUUAGCUCUGCGUAUUUUCUCGCGCAAAGACUAAAUCCUUCGUCCAUUUGUGUUAUUGAACGGGAUACAAAGUAUUCCCAAAACUCCACAGUGCGGUCAUGGGGCUCUAUACGUCAACAAUUUUCAAUUGCUGAAAACAUUCAAAUGUCAAAAUUUGGAUUUGAAUUCUUACAAAACCUGGAUGAUUAUCUUGGUAUCAAAGGCGAGGAUUCUCUAGAUGUGCAGUUUAAACAUGGCACAUACUGUUUCCUUUCCUCUGAUGCUGGGAGAUCUAUUUUGGCAGAGAAUGCUGACAUUCAGAGGUCAAACGAUGUUGAUAUAUCAUUAUUGUCAAGAGAGGAAUUAUCUAAAAAAUAUCCUUGGUUGAACACAGAUGGUGUUGCGCUUGCCACAAAUGUCAACCGUGGUGAAGGAUGGUUCGAUCCAUGGCUGUUGCUAUGUCAUUUCAAAAACAAAAUUUCUAAUAUGGGAGUACAGCUGAUUGGAGGAGAAGUACAUGAUGUAGAAGUGAAUAAUGGGAGAGUAUCAAAAGUACAGUUGAUUAGAUCGGAGAGUUCGUCAAAGGAAACCCUGCAAUGUGGAAAUUUAGUAAACGCUACUGGCGCUUGGGCCCAACCAUUGGCUGCAAAGCUUGAUAUAAGUCUUCCAGUGAGAGCAGCAAAGCGGGUGACAUAUGUUGUUGAUUGCCCAGAUGGGUUUACUGAUGCUGUGUUAUUAUUUGAUACAGCUCAGAAUAUUUAUCUACGCCCAGAAAGCAGUAAACAAUUCAUCGUGGCUGAACAUCCUGAAGAGGAAGAUCACAGUCAUCAUGAUAGAGAUUUUGAAGUAGACUACGACUACUUUGAUACAAAUAUCUGGCCAAAACUGGCGUAUCGUAUUCCAGCUUUUGAACGGCUAAAGGUAACAAGUGCAUGGGCUGGAUUCUAUGACUACAAUAUUUUGGACCAAAAUGGAAUAAUUUCCGGCCAUCCUGAGAUAGAAAAUUUUUAUUUCUGUAAUGGUUUUAGUGGCCAUGGUAUUCAACAGUCCCCGGCUGUGGGUAGAGCAAUCAGUGAACUAAUUAUUGAUAAAAAGUUUAAAAAUAUUGAUUUAUCACGAUUCUCUUUUGAAAGGUUUAAGGCUAAUAACUUGAUAAUUGAGAAUAAUAUAAUUUAAUCAAUUCAUUGAUAGCGUUUAUUUUUUUACCCCCCCCCCGGCCUGUUUUGGUACGACGUCGUACAAAAAUUUGGGUCGCGCGUUUUUAUUGCAAGAGUUACCUCCCCCACCAACCAAUAUGGCUUUGGUUUCAGGAUAGAAGGGUUUUGUGUUUUGUUUAGGUGUACAUAUAGCAAUCUUAUUCUACCAAACCGUAGUUACCAUGCACUCAGUGGUAGUUACAUACUUCCGGUUAACAUGAGAUGCAGGCGGUGAGUCAGGACCUUAGUACCAGUCUCUCUAACCCAUGCCCGUGUGCAGUCGUGAGCAGUAAGUAUCUACCUAAUAUGAACGAGUUUUGUGAUUGGCUUUUUUGUAACAAUAGUGAACAGUAAACUCUGGAGUUUUUGGUUUUUUUUUUAAACUCCACUACCAUGACUGUUUCGCUCACGACCAAGAAAAUUACAAAAAUUACUGCUCUUUCUGUACAAUUAUCGAAGUUUAGCGAAGUUACUAUUCAACAGUUAGCUUCUAUUAUUGGAACUCUUGUCUGUACACUCCCAGGAGUUGAAUGUGGACCGUUACUAUACUAUAGAGCACCAGAGCGUGAUAAGACCCUAGCGUUACGACACUCGCACGGGGAUUUUGAACAAAAAUUGUGUCUAUCACAGGCCAGUAUUGAUGAACUUAAGUGGUGUGUUUUUUUUCUCCUUUUUCUUCCUUCCACACGCUUUUCCUUCUUUAAAUUGCUAGAUGCCUAUACGAAAAGUACUUACAAGACGAAAUUACCAUGAUCAUCGUGGUUCCAAUUUCGACGACUUAGGCUGUAUCCACAAUUGCUUUAAAGUCUCAUGUUACCGCAAGUACGUAACUACGGUUUGCCAGAAUU